GAGAAGGACGAACUUCUAACGUUACAUAAUGAAUUGCGUAAACAGGUACCAGCGGCGGGCAUGCGGCGUUUGCACUGGAAUACCACUCUGGAACUAGCUGCGCAAGCGUGGACAGAAGGAUGUGAUUUCCAGCAUAACUAUGGCACUGACUACGGGGAGAACCUAUCAGCCCAACCGUAUUUCUACAACGGGAGUGAAGCACUUCUGGGCUGGUAUUCUGAGAUAGCUUAUUACGAUUACACAACAAACUCGUGUAGUGACGGACACAUUUGUGGACACUACACUCAGUUGGUUCUAGAAGAAUCGUCGAAUGUCGGCUGUGGUAUCUAUUUCUGUAGGACCAUGAAGACAAUAACCAUGACGAAUGGCUAUUUUAUUGCUUGUUUCUACAGCCCUGCCACUAACAAGGGAAGCAGUGUACCUUACAAGAAUGGCCCCGUCUGUUCCAGCUGUUUAGCAGGGUUGGGUUGUGUUGACGGUCUUUGUGAUGAAGAAUCUCCCAUGAAGGUGAAGGAUCCAAAGUGCCCGUCCCUCGUGGGCUUCCCAAAAGUGCUUUUUGUUUCCGGAAGUCAAUUGUGUAGGGAAGUUAAAUCAAACCAGACUGAAACAGCAACAACACCCUGAACUGUCUCUGACAACUUGUCGCGAGGCUUAGGCAAAUGUGGUGAACGUCUAUUUCUGUGUUAAUAAUUUAAUAAAUAUAUCUUGUUGUGUUGUGGGAAAUAACACAAAUGUAUAGAUAUAUUUAAUUCACAAGAAAACGAUGGCUACAACAAUGCCUGUAACAAUGCCUGGAGGCCUAAGCGAACAUAUUUGUACACUGAAUAAAGCUAAUAUUUAU